AUGCCACCUUUACCGAAAAGUCAAGAUCAGUUUUGAAUUAUUUCGUAUUUUCUCCCUGUUUUUCCAUUUGAGCCGGUGUUGGAUUCUGUGUUUAGAGAAAUUUGUGAAGAAAAGUGGGAAAGCAGGCAGCCCUUGAGGGUCUGGCAUGUGCAUGCACGUGGGUGUGUGUGCCUGCGACUGUCCAGCAUUUGCGGAGCAGAACCUCGACGGAGUGUCCAGAUGGGGAGGCAGCCCAGGCGGGCCUAGCGCAAGGGCAGUGGGGGGAGGCGGAGGCCGCAGGGGGCCUCUCUCGUUCUGGCCCCACCACUGGGGCCCCCCUCAUGUCCCCUCCCCUGGGAUUCAUCACUUACAGGGCUCCCUGCACCUUCACUCCAAAUUCAGUCACAUCCUCAAGGCCAGGAUGGCCCACACAGUGUCCCGCACGCGUGGCUGCCUGGGCACCUGAUUGUUCUCAAAUCCGGACGCCCAGACCCAGGCAGGGGAGGGAGCCCUAGGUGCAGUCUGCUGCCCGGCUCCAGCAGCUCGGAGAGGCCAGGGAGGCCCCAGCGUCAUCCGGGGCCCCUGCAGCCGGGGAGGGGGGUUCCACCCCAGGGUCCCUCCAGCCACCUCCCCCACCGGCCUGACCUGACCUCCCCUUGCGGUUCUGACCCAGACGGACACUCUGUCCUAGCAGAUUGCAGGGUGAGCCCACCAUUGGCUCCAGGACAUCCGAGAUGGGGGGAGGUGGGGGCAGCGGCAGUGGCCUUUGGCCGUGUUCCCAGCAUGCGGAGGAUGAGUGGGGAGGACAGGCAGUGCUGGGGGCAGAGGGGCAGAAACCACAGGGCAGAAAGGGAUAUAAGGGUGGUGGGCCGUGGGUGAGGCAUCCACUAGAGGGAAUGGCACUACUCCUACUGGGCCUGGGGCUGAGCCUGGUCUCUGCCCAGGAGUUCAACCCCCGAGCCGUUGUGCGGAAGAACUAUGACAUGGCCAAGGUUUCAGGAGUCUGGUAUUCCGUGUCCAUGGCCUCGGACGACAUGAAGCGGAUCGAGGAAAAUGGGGAUCUGAGGGUCUUCAUACGGAAGAUUGAAAGCUUGAGAGACGGCGGACUGAAGUUCCAUUUCUAUUUCAUGGUGCAGGGGGAGUGCGUGCAGGUGGCCGUGGUCUGCGACAGGACAGACAAGGACGGGGAGUAUGCAAUCAGCUAUGAGGGCGACAAUAAGGUGUGGCUGUCGGAGACCGACUACACCCUGUACAUCACCUUCCAUCUCCGGAACAUCAGGAACGGGACAGAGACCAACGUGCUGGCACUCUACGGUACCACCACCUGGCCCCUCCCGUCUGCCGGGGGAGGCCGGCCAGGCCCCUCGGGGACCCCCUCCUCUGAAAACAGGCCCUAUCCGGUGGGGCUCUGGCCACACACCGAGGCUGCCACCUGCCAGUCUACCCACGGUCAAGUCACAUGGUGGAGCGUGGGGGACCCUCCACGUGGCACGGCCCCUGUCUCUGCCCAGGGCACCCCCCUUCAGCCUCGGCACUGCCCGAGUCCCCCUGAGACCUCCUCUGCACACUGUCCCGAGCCAGCAGCAAGGCACCCCAGCCCCUGCUGCUCUGUUCUCAGGACGGGUGCAGGACCUGAGUCCCAGCUUCCUGAAGAGAUUUGAAAAAGUCUGC